AUGAAUUCGAAUUGGUUUCGAAAAUAUUUUCUAGACGGGCAGAAGCUUGAAGAAAAGUUUUGCGAAAAACUCGAAAACCUGCCAGCAAAUCCCACAAUUUCGGAUCUAUUCCUGAUAAAAUAUCGAAAAUUCACAGCACUAGUUGUCCCUGUAACAAUAGUCCAGCUGAUAUGGUGGUCCUCAGCUGUUCGCUUCAAUAUUUUCCCAUUAUUUCGAGAAUUCUGGCACAUGCCUUUAACUAUGAUUUUGGGAAGUUUGGUGGCUGGAAUGACUGCUGAGGGCGCAUCUGCUGUUUCAUUUCCUGUUAUGACUUUGGCUUUACACUUGGAUCCGGGAGUGGCGAGAGAUUUUGCGAUUAUGAUUCAGAGUGUUGGGAUGACGUCAUCGCUGGUUUGUAUUGUUUUUAUGAAGGUGAAGAUUGAAGGGAGGGCCGUGGUUUUUGGAACAAUUGGAGCGAUUCCGGGAUUUGUUUUUGGCAUUCAUUUUGUGAGUUGGGAUAAGGUCUAGGCACGUCAUGAGAAUCUCAUUUUCAACAAUUUUUUGUUUCCAGUUCGACCCACUUUUCACCGGCCCCCAGAAGAAAAUGUUGUUCGUCUCAAUUUGGACAGCUUUCGCUUUUGCCCUCGCACUAAUCAACACCCAGAAAAAACGUGCAACAUUCAGCGAGAUUCAAAACUUCUCCACAACCCAGGCUCACAUUUUAGUGAUAGUUGGUUUUGUUGGCGGGGUUCUCAACGCAUUUGCUGGAAGUGGAAUCGAUAUUUGCAUUUUCUCGAUAACAGUCUUGUAUUUUCGUGUGAGCGAGAAAAUUGCGACGCCGACAACUACGAUUCUCAAAGGUUGCGUCUCUAAACCUGCUCAUCUACAUAAUUCAAAUAGUUUCAGGAAUCCUAUCAUUAUUUGGAUUCUACUACCGUGCUGUGAUGCAAGGCGAUAUUUCCCGCAUUUCUUGGAACUAUUUUAUUUGUAGCACACCGAUUGCUUCAAUUUUUGCGCCAGUCGGCUCGUUUCUCGGUUCACAUUUACAUCGACAAGUAAUUGCUGGAUUGAUCUACUUGGUUGAAAUCAUUUCGCUUGUCGGGUUCUAUGCUUCUAGACCUGAGAUAGGUCUAGUUUGGGUGUCUGUGAUUAUUAUGAUUUUUGGUUUUGCGUUUUUCUAUAUUAUUUCAAAGUUUGGGGAACGUAUGAUACCAGAGUCUGAAUGUUUGCCGCUGGAAAAUUUGAAAAUGAUUGAUGCAUAA